AUGUGGUGGUCGGGGCCGCGUUCAGCCUCCACCCGCGAGGUGGUGUUAUCACGUGUGUGAUCUUGUCUCUUAAGAUGGUGGGUGUAUGUGAGAGUGUCUCCAGGGGUGUGUAGCUACACCCCGUCCUCUUCCCUCCAGCCAGUACACUAAUAAGUCUCUCAGGUUUGUGCUGGUGUAGCAGAAUGCAGUCCAAGAGUUCUAUAAAACUAACUUCGACAUAUUUUAGUGUCUGUACCCUCUCAGCAGCUCACCAGCUUCAUAGUCCUCAUCUGCAAAUAUGAGUUCAGGUAAAAUUUAUCAAAAAUGGUCGAGAGAUAUGAUUCACCUCUUGCUAUCGGAAGUGCGUCGUCUUUGGCCAAAAUUUAACGAUUCAAAAUAUACAAUGAAGAUGCUGUAUGAAGAUGCUAGUACCAAACUGUGUGACUAUGGGUAUACAGUGAGUGCCUACAGGGUGGAGAAGAAGUGGCACAACUUGGUAUCAACAUACAGAAAUGUCCUCAGCAAAAUGCAGUUGUAUGGGGAAGAGGCCAUCACAAGGAGAUGUGACUAUUUUGAGGCAAUGCAUGAAAUAAUGGGGAAAAUGAAUACUGCAAGACGUAAAUCUUCAGCUUCACCCUUACAAGAAACAUUGCCAGGAACUUCUCGGACCCGUUCUUCAAGCCCGAUAUCUGCCGACUCGACUCCCACCUCGCCAACAUCCUCACCUGAGCCAAGUCGACAAAGGAAAAGAGUAAAGGAAUAUGAUUCGCCCAAAAUAAUGUUAAUACCUGCAGUUCGCCAGCAUGACCAGUUGUACCCACAGCAACAGUAUGUACCUCUUCAGAAACCAGGCAAAAAACAGAAACAGGAAACAGAAGAAGUAAAUGAUGCAGAGGAGCAAGAAUCACGACGAGAAUGGCGAGAAUGGAAGAGGCAACAGGAAUUAAUCAGUGUGCAACGAGAGAGUAAUAGGGUUCUUGAGAGUAUAGAUAAUAACCUAGCUGCUAUUCGUAAAUCUCUUGAUUUUGUUGUUCAGAAACUUUCUAAUCAAGGGUGACUUAGCAGAUGUUGCAACUGAAAAAUCUUAGUGUUCUACUUGAAGUUAAAAUUUCUAUUCUAUUUUCAAGUACUGUAUUAUUGUCUGAGAAGGCAGUUAUAUCUUCGUGACAGUAGUUUGCCAAAGAUUAUGAAUAACUACAUAGCUAUCAUUUGUUUGUGUGUGUUUUUGCUUGUAUUGUAAGUGAUAAAGAGUUAGAAAUGGCUGCCACCAAAUAAUGAACACAUCUGCCAUUACUUCCUCUUAUCAAGAACAAUUAAAGGAUGGGUAUUAUAAUCAGUGUUGAGGAUUUAUUAUAACUGUCAUUAUGCACUUUGAGAAUUUUGUUGCUUUUUGUUUUGCCAUUAUACCCUAUGAUAUGAUUGCUAUGAUAAUGACAGAAAUAUUAUUGUGCACCAAAAUUCAUUGUAUUGAACUUUUUGUGCCAAGGAUUGCACUCCACUUUACAAUUGGUAAAUGCAGUCUAUAUUUCAUGCAUUCUAUGCACUGCCCUCUCCAGUAAUAUACAUGAGAAGCUGCACAAAAUAAAGGUAUCGCAUUCUUACUCUGAUGUCCAUAAAUGUACAUCUAUCAGAUUUGUCAAGUUUAAUUAAAUGUAUGGACACUU